AUCUGUUUUCUUUCCAGUCCCGUCUCCCUGCACGCACGACUGACGGCCUCUACGUGUGUGUGUAACAUCCGGGGCUGGGACAAGGAUGAACGCCAAUUUCCAAGAUGGCGGCGGAGGGAGGAGGGAAGGAGACGAACGAAAUUAAAACUCAGUUCACCACACGGGAAGGCGUCUACAAGCUCCUCACUCACUCUGAAUACAGCCGCCCGAACCGGGUGCCUUUCAACUCGCAGGGCUCCAACCCCGUCAAGGUCUCUUUCGUCAACGUGAACGACCAGUCCGGCAACGGCGACAGGAUCUGUUUCAAUGUGGGCCGGGAACUGUACUUUUACAUCUACAAAGGCGUGAGAAAGGCUGCUGAUCUCAGUAAACCCGUAGACAAGAGGAUAUACAAAGGCACGCAGCCGACAUGUCACGACUUCAACCCCCUUACAGCGACAGCAGAGAGCGUCUCCCUGUUGGUAGGCUUCUCAGCCGGUCAGGUGCAGCUCAUUGACCCGAUCAAGAAGGAAACCAGCAAACUCUUCAAUGAGGAGAGACUCAUCGACAAGUCGAGAGUAACAUGCUUACGAUGGGUUCCUGGUUCAGAGAGCCUGUUCCUGGUGGCUCACUCCAGCGGCAGCAUGUACCUGUACAACGUGGAAAACACCUGUGGCACCACCGCCCCUCACUACCAGCUCCUCAGGCAGGGGGACAACUAUGCCGUACACACUUGCAAGAGCAAGUCGGCCCGUAACCCCCUGCUUCGCUGGACAGUCGGUGAAGGGGCGCUGAAUGAGUUUGCCUUUUCUCCGGACGGCAAGUUUCUGGCUUGUGCGAGCCAGGACGGCUUCCUACGAGUGUUUGGCUUCGACGCUGCAGAGCUCCACGGAACAAUGAAAAGCUACUUCGGUGGCUUGCUGUGUGUGUGCUGGAGCCCUGACGGGCGGUAUAUCGUGGCGGGAGGGGAGGACGACCUGGUGACCGUGUGGUCGUUCUCGGACUGCAGAGUGAUCGCGCGGGGCCAGGGUCACAAGUCGUGGGUGAGUGUGGUGGCGUUUGACCACUGCACCACUAGCGUCGAGGAUGGUGACCUACCUGCCGAGUUCAGCGGGAGUGAUGAAGACUUUCACGAGCAGAUUCACAUGGGGGCAGGCAGAGAGAGGGCCAACAGCUCCCACUCUAGGCUUUCUAAGAGAAACUCUACGGAAAGUAGGCCGGUCAGCGUGACGUACAGAUUUGGCUCAGUGGGGCAGGAUACUCAGCUGUGUCUGUGGGACCUUACAGAGGACAUCCUUUUCCCUCACCUCCCCUUAUCUCGCACAAGAACUCACACUAACGUGAUGAGUGCCACAAGCCCUACAGCCACUGGACAGACAGUUACCACCGUAUCCAUCACCUCCGCCACCAAUUCCAGCGGCACCAAUACUAAAGACAACGUGAGCAAUAGUAGCGCCACUGGCAACCCAGCUAACUCACUUCCCGACACCCUGCCCCGCUCCAACAGCCUCCCCCAGGCCACCAACCCAGCCGGAGGCAGCACCCCCAACAGCCACACAGGGAGCAGCUGUAGCAGUAACAGCAGUAAGGGCAACAGCAUCAUCGAAAGCUCCUUUAUCGCCAACAAGUUCGCAACGCUGUCUCUGCACGACUCGCGAAAGGAGCGCCAUGAGAAGGACCACAAGCGAAACCACAGCAUGGGUCACAUCAGCAGCAAGAGUAGCGACAAGCUCAACCAGCUCAGCUCCUCGCGGACGGCAAAAGCCGAGGCAGCCAAGACUCUAGGCACGACGCUGUGCCCGCGCAUGGAGGAGGUUCCCCUGUUGGAGCCGCUGGUGUGCAAGAAGAUCGCCCACGAGAGACUCACUGUCUUAAUCUUCCUGGAGGACUGUCUGGUUACAGCUUGUCAGGAGGGUUUCAUUUGCACAUGGGCAAGGCCUGGUAAAGUGGGCUUAUCUCAAAACAACCCAGCCAACUCUCCCAGUGGAACAGUAGUAUAGACACGUUGCCGGUGCUGCCGGCUGAUCCAUGCAACAGAGAUGGGAAUGUCCAAGCCCAGUGUGUGGCCCUUCACACACUGUCACACAGCUAUUGACCUUCUGUUUCCGUGUCAUAUUCAUCACUACUGCUACCCCAAAGUUGUCCCCCCUCAUGUUAAGGAAUCUGAUGUUGAUUGGGGCUCAAGGGAUUUUUAUUGGUAGUUAAAAAGUGUGUGAAUGGAUCAUUGUUACAUCUUUGGUUAUAUCAAAUUGUCUAGUCUGAAGCUAACAAACUCUAAUACCCAAUCUCUUGUGCCUAUAGAUGUUCAAAGACUAGACACAGUGACGUGAUGAUGCCUCAACCCAAUCUUUACUUAUGGGUUUAGUUUGGUGACUUGUUUGUUUUGAUGUACCCCAAAAUAAAAGGGAAUAAGAUCACUUUGAGGAGGCUGCAACAUAUCCCUGAAACGAUUUCUUGUUCUUCCCUUAGAAAUAUUAAAAUCUGAGGUAUCACACAGAGUGAAUUUUGCACACAUUUCCCUUCCUUUCGUACUCGUUCAAUAACUCCCCCUCCAGCCCCCCCGUUUUGAAUUUGUGACGGCAGAACGCAAGCGCAACUUUUCACAUCUCUUUUUGAAGCACUUGGAGGAAGAAAAAAAAAAACAAAAAAACGGCUUAUCGUUGUUCUCCGUCUCAACGUUAGAUGCUGCAAUCAGUUUUUUUUGUAUGGAAAACAAAUUCUUUGCACUUAAUAGUUUAUUAGAGGAGAAUGGCUUUACUGUUUUUGGAGUGUGUCAGGAUUCUGACAAGGUUGAGGUAAAACAAAAAAAAAAGAAAAAAAAAAGAAGCAAACUUUGUAUCUAUUGAACAUUUAUUUUAUUAUUGUUUCAGAUUAAACUGUCUUCUGUAUUAUA